UCUUUGAAUUAAAACGAUCGGGCGCCUAUCAAGACAAUCUUAUCUUUAUUAAUACACUCCCCUCAACUCCCCUAAGCGGGUCUAGACCCUGCAGCACACACAUGCAAAUCAUAACCAUUUCAUUAAAAUAUUACCUCAUCAAAAUAUUUUACCUGACUCUUAAACAUCAUACCCCAAUAUAAUAAACUGUUUUUACGCCAUGAUUUUAUCACUUUUAAUAAUUUUGACUUUUGUUAAUCAUCAGUAAAACCUGGCUCUCCCAAGGACACAACAGUCCUCUGGAAUCAUUUAACCUCACUCAGGCAAAACAGCCACUCAGGCAACUUCAAUUUUAUUUGAAGUAAUAGAUUCCAUCAUCAACCCCUCCCCCUUUCAUUUUACAGACACCUCACAAGAGAUGUGUGAGAGGUUUUUAAUUGCUUGAGGGACUGACUAAUCUUUCCUCCUGAUGGCAGUUGGGCCCAGUAUUUGAAUAAUUCUCAAAAGAUCCCUAACAGAAGGAAUCCUUCCUUCCAGUUUUAAACCUGCUGUCGUCCACCCUCCUUUACAGAAACCUAACCUUGAUCCCUCUGUUCUUAACAAUUUGAGGCUGAUCUCUAUCCAUUUUUAUCAAAAGUUUUAAAAGAAAUUGUUUUAAUCCAACUUUUAUAUUUGUCAUAACAACGUCUUUGAGAAAUUUCAAUCCGGUUUUAGAUCAUUACACAGUACAGACACUGCCCUCCUCUAAGUAACCAAUGACAGCUGACAGAGGAGAGAUACACACACAGAAAUACCUUCUGCUGAGACCUGAUGACACUGAAAGCCUAGCUGAUGUAUUAGAAUGUCUUAAUGAUAUCAACAGUUGGAUGGCACAAAACUAUUUGCAACUCAACAACUCAAAGUCAGAAAUAAUAUUAUUCUAUCCACCUAACCCCAUCAAACGAUUAAACGUGACCUUGGUACCUGGUCAAUCAAUGUAAAGCCCGUUGCCAGAAACCUACGAGUCCGGUUUGACCGAACACUCACUUUCCAACCACAAAUUAAAAAAGAAGUCCAGGCCUGCUUCCUACAAAUCAGAACCAUCUCAAGAAUCAAAUCUGAAAUUUCACACCCGGACUUGCAAAAACUAAUUCAUACACUAGUCUUGUCUAGAUUGGAUUUCUGUGACUCCCUCCAUCAUCCAAGAGUCGAUCUUCCACCUCCAACUAGCUUAAAAUUUAGCAACUCAGCCACCUGGUCUUAAAAGACAACAUCACAUUACUCUGAUCCUUUGGCUCCCUGUCUGUUUUUGAAUGGAUUUUAAGAUUUUAGUGAUCACUUUUAUAGCACGCCAGGGUCUAGCCCCAAGGUACAUCACAUAUUUAUGGACCCCUGGUGGGCCUGCACUCAGCCUUAGCUCCUCAGGUAAAGCGCUGCUUGCUGUUCCAAAGUCCAGGUUGAAAACUAGAGGUGACCGUGCCUUUUCCAUCAGGGCCCUUCAGCUUUGGAACGACCUACCUCAGCAGAUAAGGCUCGCAGAGUAUCUUAAUGUCAAGAGGAUAAAACAUUGGCUGGACCAUAAUGGCGUCUUACUUUGAAGAACAUGACUGUGAGCCCACCAACCCUGAGGAGCAGUAUCGGCAGAACGCUCUACUUGAAUUGGCCAGGUCUUUAAUGCAGGGCUUAGACUUACUUGACUCAGGAGCGUUCGACUCGUCAGACUGGGAUCAACGUCUUCCCCCCCCAGCUGCCAAGACCGCUGUUCAGACCCUCACCGUGGUCGUCAUCUCUCCAGAGCAAGCAGACAAAGGUCUGAAGUGUCCGGUUUGUUUGCUGGAGUUUGAGGAACAAGAAACAGUUCGAGAAAUGCCCUGCAAACACCUUUUCCACGCAGGAUGUAUACUGCCCUGGCUGGGCAAGACUAACUCCUGUCCGCUCUGUCGACUUGAAUUACCAACUGACAAUCCAGAGUAUGAAGAGUUUAAAAAAGACAAGGAGAGGAGGAAACAGAGGGAAAACCGUCUGGAGGAUCUACACGGAGCCAUGUACACAUGACACCACGAUGCUGUGGUGCAAAUUUGUAGCACAGUAAUGUUUUACAGAAAAUGAUGAUAAAGAAAAAUUCAAUAGAUUCAGGAAAAACCCAAUGCUACAUUCAUGCCAUUUCAUUACAGAUUUUGUAAUAUAGAUGCGUCUGGAAAAACAUCUGUUAGCUUUAUAUUUAUAUAUAUAUUAUAUAUUAUGAAGAGUAAUGACAAAUAUCUCCCAGCAGCAAAAUGUAAUAUCAAAUAUGAAUAAAUGGUUUGCAAAAUAGCUGAAAUGCUAACAGAACUGAGCUCAUUGUAAAUACAAUAUAUUACAAAUAUGUAACAAUAUAAAUAAAUAGUCUGUGUAAUUUCCAGGUUCCAUGCAAUUGACACGGCAUGAAUGCAGCAUAAGCAGUAACGUUGAACAUUUUAAAUGCUCUUUUCACAUUAGUUAGAAUAAAUUCACCAUAAUAUUAACUAUAUUUUAAGAUGAUUUUAAACAUACAUUUCAUGAACUUUAAACGCACAAAAAUGCUGUAUUUGUCUUAUGAAUAUUAUUUAAACAUAAAUGUUUAUCAGUCAAUCGAUUUAAAGAAUAAUAUGCAUUUCCAUACAUUGUCUUCAACAAGGACAGACUGAAAAAGAAAGGUGAAGAUUGAAGCAGCAGAGGUUGAGAUAUUCUGACUUUUAAUCUCCAGUGUGGCUCAACUCCAUAGCUUUCUGUGAAUGUGUCGUGUUGUCACUGAAGGAGUUGUGCUUCUCGUGCUGACUAAGCACUUUCAUGUAUAAAACUGGUUCCUCUAGUCUAGACCUUGUCCCAUGAUGUUUAAGGGAUUUCACUUCACUUCUGGCCAUCACACAGUCAUUUGGUAUGAAUGUGGUUUGAUGGUUCUACAUGUUGGUACAUGUGUAUUAACACAAUACUGGACCUGCAGCACUGCUCAGUGUGAUAUUUAAUCAGCAGUGUGUAGAGCAUUUACAAAAGUCAGCCGUUCUUUAUUUCAUCUAUGUUGUUUCUAUUUCUGAUUAAAAAUAAACACCUGCUUUUUACAAAUAUAGAAA